GGGUGGGGGUGGAUGUUUGACAACGGAACUUGGAACGGAGGAUUGACCGGAAUGUUACAGGAUGGAAGGGCAGAGAUUGGGUUUUGCAAUAUCUGGAACACCUUGAGAUAUAACAACCUGGUGGGACUAGGGCCACCUUGGAACCAGAUGUACCACACAUUCAUAGUUCCCCGUCCAAUCAUGGUUCAUGGCUACUGGACUACAAUAACUACUCUCUUUCAAAGAACAGUCUGGGUUCUUCUUCUCAUCAUAUUUCUCUUGGUGACGAUCAUCUUUUCUAAAUAUAAGAUAAGCUCAGAAAACACUUUGUCAGCUGAGAAGAUAGACACAGUCAAGGACUUUGUCCAGGCAGGCUAUCUUUGGGGCGAAGAGGCGUACAGUAACUUUCAACAAGAAGUAUACUUUGACUUGGAGAAUCCAUGGCAUAAGAAAAUGGAGCAAAAAUUUCAGGCAAUACCAAGUAGGAAGAUGCCAGCUGCCUUGAAAUCUCACAAAAUAGCAUUUCCAGCUCAGCGUUUGGGCCAAGAGUAUGUCUUCAUUGUUCAGCGGAGCAUCAACCGAUCGGACGUCAGCAUGUUCCGUCUCAUGAAAGAGCCGGUGAAUCAAUUUUAUGUAUCUAUGAUUUUCAGCAAAUUAUCUCCGAUUCUAGAAAUAAGUCAAUAUCCCCUGCUUCGUUUCUUUGAAACCGGUCUCAUUUUACAUUGGAAGAAUGAAGUGAUUCGUAACUAUGGCUCGCCGGAAGCGGCUCGCUUACUAACCGAGCCUUCUGGUGAGUCUUUGAGCGAGUUCGAGCCACUAACAAUUGAUAAUAACUUGGCUGCUUUCCAAAUAUUACUCUACGGUUUGUGUGGGUCACUUGCUGUAUUUAGUCUAGAACUGUUUAGCAGGAAAAAAUCAAGAGUACGAAUGUUGAAAAAGGAAAAAAGAACAGAUUUAUUUGAACCAUAUUUUUACUGUGAGUAAAUUUCAACAGUUAAAACGUAAAAUAGUGUUGUAUUUCUGUGGAGAUUUUAUAUUAUAGUUCAAAUUUCUGAAUUUACUUGUAUCAAAUGUUGUCAACAUUGAAUUUAUUGCAAUAUAGACAAAUGGAAUAAAU